ACCUCCUCACUUGGUCCGUGCCUCGCGGGAAGCAGCCGGCGCAGAGAGCCCCUUGCCUUUUGCUGUCUCCUCUUCCUCCUCCUCCACCUCCACCCUCCUCCACCUCCACCCUCCUCCUCCUGCUCCCCACCUGGCCCUCUGCAUGAGCUACCCCUCCACCACAGGCCUCCCUCCUCUCCGUCAUGCUUCCAGCCCAGUGCUGUGGAGUUCUCCGUGACUCCACGGCACCCCCCACAGAGCAGAAACCUCACCGGUCGCACCACACGCUCCUCUGUUUUCCUUCCCUCCCAGACGGUCUGUUUCAGUCUCCUCGGACGUCUGCCCCUCGCGUAGCUCAGACACCAGACAGUUACACCGUCACUUCACCUGUGGAGACAGUAUUUGGAGAACCUCAAACGAGCCUCGUUCCUGACCUCUAACCCCCCCCCCCCACGGCCUCGGCCGCUCCAGCAUGCUCUCACCACCUCCGUUAACACCGGCCCUUUCCGGUUAUCCCGACUUCCUCGUCGAAGGGACUGGUUUGUACUCGGGCUGUUAGACUCGGGGCGGGGAAAGAAAAAGGGUCAUGUUGUUCAUCCAGCCGCUGAACUGUGGUAGGGUGGCUUUGCGUGGGGGUGUGGCAUCUUGCUCAGUGGACAGGAAGAGGAUUAUGUUUGGUCUCUUGUGGGCUGAUAGUGAGACUGAAGGGCCUCCAGGAUGGAGAAACAGACCAGCAUGCCUGACAGUGACUAUGACAACGCCACCAACGACACGGAAAUGGAGGACUCAGGCAGCGUGUUCAGGAGGGGCAGGCUGAGGAGCAGCGGCUGGCUGGGCGAGGGCAGCUCCAUCCCGGAGCUGGACGACCUGGAGGCGGAGCCUGACCCCAGCCUGCCCAGCACGGAGGACGUCAUCCGCAAGACGGAGCAGAUCACCAAGAAUAUCCAGGAGCUGCUGCGCGCCGCCCAGGAGAACAAGCACGACAGACCGUGUGAGCGCGAGGGUGUGCGCAGGCUCAGGCACAGCCUGGGCUGCUUCAGCACCCUGGUGCCCUGGGCGGACAAGCCCCCCUCCCCCCUGCUAGCCCCCGGCCUCCGGCCCCCUGACCCCUCCACCUGCUUUCUACCCUGCUCAGAAAGAAUCCAUGUGGCUGUAACAGAGAUGGCGACCCUC